UGUGUUGCUUCCCGAGCAGAAUCCGUUAGAAAGGAUGUUGGCUGUGGGUGAACAGUUAUUGCUGCUUCUUUAGUUUCUUCGUUUUGUUUUGUUUUUUCGUUUUUCUUUUUUUUACGUUGUCGGUGGAGGAAACACACUUGUUUUCUUUUUUGUAUUUGUAUUGACCUGUGUUUGUUCUUCCGGUUCCACUUACGUCUCGUGCUAGUUUUUGAGUUUUUGAGCCGAGGAGUCAGAGACAUGGAAACAACUUCACCACCACCACCACCACCACCACCUCAAAACCAUGUGAUGCAGCAAAGUAGGAAAAGGCCUCUGCUGAGACCUAAACAUGCUGCACUGCCAUAUAUUAUGAACCUUCCUGUCCAAGAGACAAGUCCCGCACCAGAGACUCAGCAGGAUGCACCAGCUACACCGCCGCCCCCAGUGGAAAAUGGAUCUGUGUUUCCAGCAUCAGAAGGGCCAGAAGACAAUCCAUACCAUAGUGAGGGGAAAUCCGGUCCAGUGCAGGAAACUGAACCUGUAACACAGACAUCUCCUGGUCCACAGGUAAUAGAGCCACGAGUUGAAGCAGUGGUUCAGAUGGACCCGGCUACAGAGGACUGAUCACCCUGAAGCACUUUAGUUACUAGUUCGUUUGGUUAUCAAUUAGCAGAUAGCAGCAGAUUACACUUCAAAACUGAAAAUGGUGUUUUGAAUUGUACUGAGACACUGUAACUAAGCAACACCCAAGUGAGCACACUGCUUUAUGUUCAGGUCAAAAGCCUUUUGAUAAUCAUUCAGCCUUCAGUCAUCAUCAUCAUGAUCAUCAUCAUCACCAUCAUCAUCAUUUCUCACAGCUGAAUUGGUCAGUUAGAGCUUUGCUUUAUUCAUACGUAUUCUAGCCAUAUACUUUAUAGUGCCUUUGACCAAACUGAACUUAAAGGGACAGUGUGUAACGAUUUAAGUAAUUUAUUAACUCAAAUCAACAUCUUCGUUCAUAAGUAAGUCCUCAUUGGUGUACAAUUACCUCUGCCAACAAUCUGACUUAUCCUCCUGAGCGAAGAGUUACCUAUCUGGAUAUACAUAGCACGGGCAAGCUCUAUGGAGGCCGCCAUGUCUUUCCGGUUUAAAAAAAACUAUGGACUGCCGAGAGGGACACAAAGCACUAUGUGGUACUAUGUAGUAAGGCUAAACGCGUUUUCGCUCAGAGCCAGCUUGACGGCGGAACUGAGAGGGAGCUCAGCGAAAGCGCUCGUCACUGCCUUGAUAACUAAUACAUCUUUACCUCAUUACUUGAAUCAGUAGAAAUACUCAACGCUGUUGGGAAAGAGUCCAUAUUUUGAAAAUGAGUUUCUUGUCCGUCAGGGCCACCGUAGCUUCCGGGACAUCUCCAUCGUCUUCAGAACGGGAGGGGUGAGCAAAGGAGCAUUUGCUCAGCUAGAUGGCGCUAAAUACUUGAUAUAUUACACACUGUCCCUUUAAAAUAGAUAGUUCAUUGAUUUAAAAUUUUAGUGAUGUACCUUCUAACCUGUUGUAGUUGCCACUGUUUAAUUAUAUCUCUAUCUCUCUCUCUCUCUCUCUCUCUCUCUCUCUCUCUCUCUCUC